GCAAGAUCCCGGAGUGAAGUGAGUGCAGCGUCAACAGCUCUGCAAGAACACCAACCUGUCGAUCUCUCGUUCCAACUCCACCGCAAACUCCCGAGAGCAAGAUGUCUCCCGUGAAGGUCAGAAUGAGAAGGCUGUUUCUGCUCGUCACCGGAUCCCUUCUUCUUGGGGCGAUUCUCUUUGUGAUCGACAGCGAUCUCGGCUCUGCAUUGGGACUCUCUGAAUAUGGCCAAAUGGAUGACAUGCUGGAAGAAAAUUACUACGAGAUCGACAGAGAUGACGCCGCGGGAGAGUUCGACUUCGAGGAUGUUAACAGCCAGAAUAUCGUUGCCGAGACAGGGAACGCUGACGCAGGCGUGUCAGAAUCCAACGCCACUGAGGCCGCUGGUAAUGACCAAAUCGCCGAGGUUACCGAAGCCAAGGAAAUUAACGACGUGAAAAAUGCGUUCAUAGUCGAGGUCAACAAAGAACCCGAACUAAAGAAACAGUUCGAAAUGGAGAGGUUCAAUGUCCCGAAGCAGGAGAGAGCCCAGCCUUUCGGGCAGUGGCAGCCUGGAGGCAGAAGAAAAAGUGGUUUCGGUGCAGCUUUCGCCCCCAAGAAGGAGACGUCAUGCACUGUGCCGGCGCUGAAGAGCAUCCCGCAGUUCAUUCACCAAGUGUCCGACCUGGAGGCCAAGUGCAACGAGCUUCGGACUUUCGGGACACCGCCGAGGGGGAAGGAUUUGUGUUUGGACGACAAGUAUAAGAUCAAAUCCGGAAACUGCGUCGUCUUCUCCUUCGGCAUCAACUAUGACUGGAGCUUCGAGGACGACAUGGGAAAAUUCGGCUGCAUGGUAUACGCAUAUGACCCCACCAUGGGAAAGACCGACCAUCAGCGAUCUGAAAAUAUCCAUUUCUUCGCCACAGGCAUCUCUAACUACAAGGGAACUAAACUACUGCGAUUAAAUAACAGAGUCUUCAUGAGUCGGGUGGACCGAUUCGUUAACUUCCUAAGGGCAGCCGGGUUAGAGGGAGAAGAGAUUGACGUGAUAAAGUUGGAUACAGAAAUGUCACAAGUGGAUUUCCUGCAGGACUUGUUAUUCAACUCUCGCCAUUUGCUGAAGAAAAUUAAACAAAUAACCAUGACGGUGUAUACGGAUGUAGUAGAAAAGAGUCUCAGUCAAGGAGGUUUCUUCCAACUUCUUUGGCCAUACCUCCAGAUGAUGAAAUGUGCGGGCUUCAAAGUUAUCAGCUCCAACAGAAGCCGAAGAGGGAGAGAAGUGGUUUGGGCUCAAGAUAAAGAAUGGUAGCAUGUACCUGUAAAACAGCUACUAUCCCUUUACAAAAAGCUGAUGUAAGCAAUGAGAUGGAGUUGGAGUGGAAAAUAGCAAAGGCUUUGGAUGUAGUUUUGCUUCUGCAAAAAUA